ACGAAGAUGACUUCACACAAGAAAUAGUUACGUAUACUGUAUAAUUACGUGCCCAAUCUGUAAGUAAACAAUUGUAUUCUUUGUCUGGCGCAAACUGCACGAUUUUGCCUACCGAUAUACAACCCAAACGUUUCAUUUUCAGUAAUCAUCACCAGCUAUGCUUCCUAGGCGCAGUGCUGGCGCUUGGUAUCCGGCAUCGGUGCUGCUGCUGGUGUUGGCAGGCUGGUCGCACAUACGCACCGGAACAGCGCAUCCAUGCGGACCAGAGCCCCCGGGCAUGGGUGUCCUGAUUCCUUGGUACAUUGGUCCCUGGGAGACGGCAGCCUACAGUAAGCUGGCAUCGUACGGUUCAAGCUGCAGCAUCUUUGCUAUUGUUAUUGGCGAUUCAAGUGGCCCUCCCACUAACAGCUUUUCGCUGUAUACGACGGCCUUUAAGACGCUGUACGACUCCGGCGUCCAGCUAUUCGGUUACGUGCACACCAUGGCUGAUUUUGGGGCGUCUAAGGCCCGGCCCCAGGCCGAUGUGAUUGCGGAAGUCAAUUCGUGGUUUGACAAUUUCGGGUCUUUGCUGCUGGGAAUAUUCUUCGACGAGGUCGUCGCCAACACCGUAAAUGUCAAUGCAGUGACAUAUUACGGCGCCCUCGCCAAUGCUGUGUACAGUCGUAACUCCUCGGCUCGUGUUGUGUUCAACCCCGGGACCAAGAUUGGCUGCACGCUGGCAGGCCUAUCGGACGUAUACGUACGCUACGAGAACUACGCCUCGGCCUGGGCCGGUGACUACGCUGCCGGCGCCAUCUGCGACUGCCCGACUCAGAGCUCCUGCGCCAUGAUGUUGCAUGCCGCUAGCAGGUCGUUUUCGUACAUUUAUGUCACGGAUGACGUCAUGCCCAAUCCCUGGGACACCCUGGCCACCUAUUUCGAUACCUUCAUGGGCAUCGUUGCGCCGGCAGCGCCAUCAUCAUCGCCGCCGCCGCCGCUGCCAUCGUCUCCAUCGUCAAUUUGGCGGCCGUCCGGAGUACUUCGCUGGCAAUGGCAGCUCAGUGGUAGCGACUUCCGGCCCAUGUUGCGCACCAGGCCGCAGGUUAUUGACGUAGAUUUGGACAUGGUUUCUACGCUGCUAUCCCAAGCUGCCGAGCUGGGUAUUACCCGUUCGAGCUAUAAGUUGAUCUGCUACUUCAGCGUCGGCACCUACGAGCCCGCCCGUGUGAGUGCGGACAGCCAACGCGGCAUCUCUUGGUCAGCGCUGGAGCAGCAGCUCGGUGGAUCUGCCGUACCGGGGCCGCUGUACUUGGCGUACAUGGAACCGCCGUUCAGCGAGGAAAGAUGGUUUGCAUUAGACAGGAACGACACGCGCAAUGCGCUUGUUAAUCAGGUGAUGAUCCCCAGGAUGCGAUCUGCGGUGGCGGCGGGCUGCGACGGCAUUGAGAUGGAUAAUGUUGACACGUACGACAAUGUGCCGGUGGCGGCGGGUAAGCGCGGGGUGACGCAGGCUCAGCAGCUGGCUUACAACGCUGCGCUUCUGGACGCCGCGCACGGGAUGAGGUUGUCAGCCGGUUUGAAGAACGCGCUAGACCUUCUGAGUCAGACAUUUGCUAAUGGACGAGCUGUAGCUACCGAGUACGAUUGGUUUCUCAACGAACGGUGCUGGGAAUACGAUGAAUGCGACUAUUACGGCCGAAAUAUCAAAUGGGACGCGGUAGUGUUCGGCGUCGAGUAUUGCGAUUCAAGGAAGAUGUUCGGCACCGGCUCUCGUAACCUGCGACCUGAGUGUGUGUGUCCUCUCGCCAACGGGCCCACUCCGGGAGCCGCCACGACUCCCCGCCCCACCCUCAACUGGCUAAUCAAGAAUGUGAACCUGAACGCGGUGGGGUUUGACUGCCGAGAGUACUGCGCCCGGCCCGGCGUGACCUGUACGGCACCCGCCGGCGGGAAUGUGGGCCUGUGUGCAAUGAAUUCGCCCAACAAUAUAUGCCCGUUGUACAACGUAUCUAGGUGA